GUAGGCCCGCUGCUCACGGACCGCAUGUCGCCGCUGUGCCUCAAGGCCGAGUACGUGGGCAACGUCAACGCCAACUUCAUGCACGGCAUCGAGUCGCUGAACGCGCGCUACGAGGCGCUGCGGCGCGUGCGCGGGGACGGCAACUGCUUCUUCCGGGGCUUCAUCUUCGCGCUGUGCGAGCGGCUGCUGCCGUCCGAUUCCGGGGGCGAAGACGCCAACGCGGCGCUGCGCGGACGCAUCCAGCACAAGAUCCAGCAGAGCAAGAGCGAGCUCGUGGCCAUCGGCUACAGCGACGUGGCCAUCGACGCCUUCUGGGAGACGUUCGUGGACUACCUGGCCGCCAUGGAGACGCGCACGCACGCCGAGCUGGUGCAGGACUUCCAGACGGAGGGGGGCGAGUCCGAGUACCUCGUCUGGUACAUGCGCCUGCUCACGGCGGGCUACAUGAAGCAGCACGCAGAGACCUUCCAGCCCUUCAUCGACGGGCUCUACCCGGGCCAGACGGUCGCGCAGUUCUGCGCCGCCGAGGUGGAGCCGAUGGGGAAGGAG